CAAUGCCAUGUCACUUCGUGUUUACAAUGAUCACCAUAUACACAUCAUCAAUCGCUAUACACAUAUUGAAAUACAUUUUCGUGGUGAUUGCAAAGAUUCUUGUCAAAGUAUUUGUAAACUAGUCACAAAAGCUAUCAAAAAAAGUAGGAAAGAUCUUAAUGUUGAUGAUGAUCAUAUUUUUGCAUUCAAAUGCCCCCAAAACAAACAAUGUUACUGCAUCGUCCAGAAAGAUGAUAAAUCUUCUACCUGGUAUUCUCAUUGCACUCUUUGUGAAACAAAAUAUAAAGUAUUGGAGAGAGAUAAUAGCUAUAAAUGCUGGUUUUUUAGUGAUUCUCCCAGUCUAGGAGCUAAGCCAUCAUUAGAAGGUCCACCUACUAAGAUUAAAUCUACUGAAUUAUUAGAAACCAAAGCAUCAUCAGAAGAUCCACUUAUAUCCAUUUUAAAAUUAAGUGCUUCAGACCGAUUUAGAGAUGCUUCUGAUAGACUUGCUGGCUCCAUAUUAUCUUGUCUGGUUACAGUGUCAUUGAAACUUAAUGCUAGGAGACUGAUAUCACAGGAGCUACAUAAGGAAAUGAUUACUGGUCGUGAUAACGAUGUAAUAAAAGCUGCCAAGCUAGUACUUGCAAUACAGACUACUCUUGAUGCCCAGGCUAAUCCUGAGACAUAUCUAAAUGACGUGUGCUCAGCAUUAAAAGAACUUGGAGAGAAACAAGUCACUGAUAUAGUGAAUGGAUUGGAACAGAGUAAAACAGAUUGAUCCUGCUAACAUUAUCAACUGCUGCAUAAAAUAAUUUAUUAGUUUUUGUGUGCUUUGAAUUUGAAUUAAGUACAUUCAUUUGUUUGUGUGAUUUUUCUUAUAUGCCUGUUUAUUUCGAAAAAAAUUGUGUUUU